GCCUUCAGCCCCGCAGGUGCCAUGACGCAGCAGCCCCAGGAGGGCUUCGCCCGGAGCGUGGAGGACGCGCGGCAGUGGAUGAAGGCUGUGCAGGAGCGGCUGCAGAUCAACGACAACACGCAGGGGCCCCGCGCGGCCCUGGAGGCCAGGCUGCGGGAGACGGAGAAAAUAUGCCAGCUGGAGCCGGAGGGGCGCGUGAAGGUGGACCUGGCGCUGCGGGCGGCCGAGGCCCUCCUGGCGUGCUGCCACGAGGACCAGAAGCCCGAGAUCCUGGCCCGGCUGAAGGACAUCAAGGCCCAGUGGGAGGAGACGGUCACCUACAUGACGCACUGUCACAGCCGCAUCGAGUGGGUGUGGCUGCACUGGAGCGAAUACCUGUUGGCCCAAGAUGAGUUCUACCGCUGGUUCCAGAAGAUGAUGGUGGUGCUGGAGCCCCCUGUGGAGCUGCAGCUGGGCCUGAAGGAGAAGCAGUGGCAGCUGAGCCAUGCCCAGGUGCUGCUGCACAAUGUGGACAACCAGGCCACGCUCCUGGACCGGCUGCUAGAGGAGGCGGCCUCCUUGUUCAACAGGAUCGGGGACCCCAGCGUGGACGAGGAUGCCCAGAAGAGGAUGAAGGCCGAGUACGAUGCAGUGAAGGCCAAAGCCCAGGACAGGGUGGACCUGCUUGAGCAGGUGACCCGGGAGCAUGAGCAUUUCCAGGCAAGCGUGGAUGAGUUCCAGCUGUGGCUGAAGGCCGUGGUGGAGAAGGUGGGCGGCUGCCUGGGGCAGAACUGCAAGCUGCCCACCCAGCACCGUCUCUCCGCGCUGCAGGACAUCACCAACGAUUUUCCCAAGGGUGAGGAGUCUUUGAAGAGGCUGGAGGAGCAGGCUGUGGGGGUCAUUCAGAAUACCUCUCCUUUGGGUGCAGAGAAGAUCACCAAAGAACUGGAGGAGAUGUGGAAAGUUCUGGAGAAGCUGCGAGUCCUCUGGGAGGAGGAGGUGGGGCGGCUGCAGGACCUGCUGAAGUCCAAGGGGGCCCAUGAGCAGCAGAGGAGGCAGCUGGAGGCCGAGCUGGGCGAGUUCAGGAAGGGCCUCCAGAGGCUGGCCGAGGAGGGCCUGGAGCCGCAGGCGAAGGCAGGGACUGAGGACGAGCUGGUAGCCCGCUGGAGACUCUACUCGGCGACGCGGGCGACGCUGGUCACGGAGGAGCCCCGGGUUGACUGGCUGCAGGCCCAGCUGAAGGAGCUCAUCACCUUCCCCCACGACCUGCAGCCGCUCUCCGACAGCGUCGUCGCUGCCAUCCAGGAGUACCAGAGCAUGAAGGGGAAGAGCGCCAGGCUGCGCAAUGCCACGGGGGCGGAGCUGUGGCAGCGUUUCCAGCGGCCCCUGCAGGACCUGCAGCUAUGGAAAGCCCUGGCCCAGGGCCUCCUGGAUGUCACCGCCAGCCUGCCAGACCUGCCCUCCAUUCACACCUUCCUGCCCCAGAUCGAGGCUGCCCUGGCGGAGAGCUCCCGCCUCAAAGAGCAGCUGACGAUGCUGCAGCUGAAGACAGACCUGCUGAGCAGCGUCUUUGGCCAGGAGAGAGCCGCCGCCCUCCUGGAGCAGGUGGCAAGCUCCGUGAGGGACAGAGACCUGCUGCACAACAGCCUCCUGCAGAGGAAAAGCAAACUGCAGAGCUUGCUCGCUCAGUACAAAGAUUUUGGGGCUGCUUUCGAGCCCCUGCAGAGGAAGCUCUCGGACCUCCAAGUCAGAGUCCAAGCCGAGAAUGGGCUUCAGCGGGACCUUCCUGGGAAACAGGCCCAGCUUUUGAGGUUGCAGGGGCUGCAGGAGGAGGGGCUGGACCUGGGGAUGCAGGUGGAGGCCGUGAGGCCUCUCGUCCAGGGGAACCCCAACCACCAGCACAAAAUGGACCAGCUCUCCGCCGAGUACCAGGCCCUGCAGAGGUCUCUGGAGGACCUCGUGGACAGGUGCCGGCAGAGCGUGCAGGAACAUUGCACCUUCAGCCACGAGCUGCUGGAGCUGCGACAGUGGAUCGCUGUGGUCACUCAGAAGCUGGAGUCACACCGGGGGGACACAGGCCCGUGGGAUGCCCAGUCCCGAGAGGUCGAAGUGGAGAGGCUGCUGGCUGAAUUCCCAGAGAAGGAGGCCCAGCUGCCCCUGAUCAAAGCGCACGGCUGGCUGGUGAUGGAGAAGUCUUCUCUGGAGGGGGCUGCUGUGGUCCAGGAGGAGCUGGAGGAGCUGGAGGUGUCGUGGCAGGCCCUGAGGCUGCUGGAGGAGAGCCUGCUGAGCCUCAUCAGAAACCAGCAGCUGCAGAGGACAGAAGUGGAUUCAGGGAAGAAAACGAUUUUCACCAACAACAUCCCGAAGACUGGAUUUCUCAUCACGCCCACGGAUCCUGUUCCCAGGCAUCGCCGUCAGGCAGAUCUGCUCCAGGAAGAAGGCAGCCGUGAAGAUUUCUCCCUACUCCUGAGGAACUUUGAGCAGUGGUUGCAGCUGGAAAAUUCCAAGCUGGUUAGAAUCAUCGCCAUGAGAACUGCCACAGCCAAAGACUUGAGGACCAGAGAAACAAGGCUGCAGGAGCUGGAGGCCCGGGUCCCAGAAGGUCAGCAUCUCUUUGAGAACCUCCUUCAUCUCAGGCCAGCAAGGGAGACCUCAGAUGAGCUGGAGGAUCUGCGCUACCGGUGGAUGCUGUACAAGUCCAAACUCAAGGACUCCAGCCACCUGCUGACACAGAGUUCUCCAGGGGAGAUGACUGGAUUCCAAAAGAGCCGGCGGUGGCGAGGACUCGGCCCCCUCUCCCGGAAGGUGUGCUGCGUGGCGCUCCCCCUGCAGCUGCUGCUGCUGCUCUCCCUGCUGCUGCUCUUUCUGCUGCCCGUCGGGGACGAGAACCGCAGCUGCUCCCUGGCCAACAACUUGGCCCGCUCCUUCACACUCAUGCUCCGCCACGACGGCCCCCCGCCCACCUAGCCCGCCGGGGGCACCCAGGUGACUUUCUUCUCCAACCUUCCCUCGGCCCCAGGGCUCCUCCGGAGGGCACCGGGGAAACUGGAAGCAGGGACGGGCCAGCGCUGCGGCAGUGGACAUGCUGUACCAGUGUUCCCAGCACAAACCUCCUUUUUAUACAGUGUUGUCUUCGUCUAUUUAUACUAAAUGCCUACUAUGUCUGACCAGGGAAUAAUGUAUAGAAUCUUUAUAUGCUCUGUAUGUAAACGCUCAGUGUCUCUAGUGUCAUAUAUGACCUCUAUUUCUAGUUGGGAAAAUUCCCAGCAGUUCGCUUGUCCAAUGGGAUUUUGUGGCAUUUUGGCCUUGGUCUGCCGUCAGCCCUGGAAAGCAGGAACAAUAACAUAUCGCUUUUAUGCAACCUCUUAUCCAGAAGCCAACCCCCAAACCCGGAUAUUAGUAAAAGGUCUCUGAGCUGUCAACAUAGACAGCAACGCAGGCCCUCGCUCAGAGCCCAGUGACUCUUGCUUUGGGCACAGUGAGAACACACACGUUUGUCUGGUUUUUAAAACGACAGCAGAUUAGAUGCUUGGGUUAGGAGCAGAGACGGUGAUGAUCAAAGGCAGCCCAGUGACAGCAGUGAACAGUGACAACUGACAGAGUGAUAUGGAGGGAGGAAAA